AUGCAGCUGAAAGAGAAUUCUCUAGCGGAUACCCUAAAAGCUUUUAUGGACGCGCAAAAUAAGACAAAUCAAAGAGUUGAUUCAAUGCUCACGCAGCUGGUGGGAGAGAAUAAGGAAAUAAAAAGUCAUAUCACAAAGCUAACAGAAGCUUUAACCAUUCAAGAGUGCGGUAGAUUUCCAUCACAAGCUCAGUCCAAUCUGAGAGGACAAAACAUGGUUCAAACUUCCAACUUUGAAGGUCAAAACAUCAAGAAAGUUAACGCCAUCUCUACUCGAAGUGGUAAGAAUUCAGACAUGCCAUCGACAAGUAGUACCACUUCGAGUAAUGAAGAAUUGGCUCAGAAGAAAGAAGAGCCAACAAAAAUUUUGGUAAAGGUGCCUUUUCCCCAAGCUCUCCGACCUACUGAGAAAGUGCCAAAAAAUCAAAGUGAGAUCCUAGAGCACUUGACACAAUUGAAGAUCAAUCUUCCCAUACUACACGUGAUCAAGCAAGUGCCGGCCUACGCUAAGGUUAUCAAGGAUCUGUACACCAUAAAGAGAAAGCACCACAUCAAGAAGACUGUAUUCUUGACGGAACAAAUGAGCGCGGUGAUUGAGCAGAAGACACCGUCGAAGUAUAAAGAUCCAGGUUGUCCUACCAUUUCUUGCCAGAUCGGGACACAUGAAUUCAGCCAAGCAUUACUAGACUUAGGAUCAAGCAUGAACCUCAUGCCUUAUUCGGUCUACUCACAAUUGGGUCUUGAAGAGAUUAAGCCCACAUCUGUGGUUCUGCAACUCGCCGAUAGAUCCAUUAAGAGACUACGGGGAAUAGUAGAAGACGUUCUGUUACAAAUCGACAGGUUUUAUUACCCCAUGGAUUUUCUUGUCCUGGAUACACAAUCCAUGGUGAAUAUGGAGUCAUCAAUUCCUAUCAUUCUAGGAAGACCUUUUCUUGCCACAGUAAACGCACGUAUCAAUUGUAGGAAUGGUCUCAUGAAGAUAUCUUUCGGGAAUAUGACCAUUGAGGAGCUCCCAACAGAAGGAGAAAAACCGAAAUCAUCCACUGAAGAGGCUCCAAAAGUCAAGCUAGCCCAACCACUUGAGGGCUUAAAACAUGCAUUCUUGGGAAAUGAAGACACAUUCUCAGUCAUCAUCUCAUCUAAACUCGAUCCAUUGCAAGAACAACGAUUGAUCAACAUGCUGAAAGAGUGCAAUUCUAGGAUCAAGGUAAAAAUGAAAGCGGCUCAUGAUAAGCAGAUCCUAAGGAAGAAUUUCGAGCCGAAUCAACGGGUUCAUCUCUAUGAUUCUCGUUUGCAUCUCCACCCCGGUAAGUUGAGGUCGCGGUGGACUGGCAUGUUCGUAGUAAAACGCAUUUUUCCCAAUGGUGCUGUUAAGGUUGAGGACCCGACUGAUGGGAGAAUAUUCAAAGUAAAUGGCCAGCGUCUGAAAAAUUUCUUAGAGUGGGUGAACUAG